GCCAAUGAGCACACCCAACGACUUCCGUUAUAUCGAGCUGGGAAAAAAAACGGUGUAGAAAUUAAAGGUGCAGUGAAAUGGAGUUGUACCGUCUGGUGACCAAACAGCUGAUGUACAGUUUAUAGGGAGAGACUUGGAGGACACAUCUAGCAAUAGAUAUACAAUGAGAAUAAACCACAGAGUCUUAUCAGAAUUGAAAAAGAAUUUGCUAGGAGCAUGAAGCAAGAACUUGUACAAAGAUUGAGCUGGACUGUUAAAACUGGAUGUUAUGUUGACUGGACUGAGACCAGACGUUGAAAUAAAUGGAUUAAACCAGAAUAUAUCAUAAAAAUGGAAGAUGUCCAAGAACAAACAUCUUUUAUCUACACAGUAUUAGUUUCUGUGCUUUCAGCUUUUUGCAUCAUAUGCAUCAUGGGGUUGGUUCUUCUUGUCAUAAGUCAAAUAGGAAAGGAGAAAAUCCUAGAUACAGAAUUGAUGAAUGGAAAAUUACAUGACUGUACAGAUGCCACUAACUUUGUACAUUGUCAUUUUUUAAUUGAAACGGAAACAAAAAGGCAGUUUAAAAGGAAAAAGAAACCUGCGGAUAGGGAAGAUGAUAUUCUAAAAAUAAAUUAUGUGGACCUUAUUGAUUUGGAUGAUAACCUCGCAUCUGAUGAAGAAACAGUGGUCACAGAACUUCAAGAUGAUAGUAUAGUGGAAUUCAGUAUUGAACUGCCUGAAGAAACGGAGCAAUCAUUUUGUCAGAUACCUAGAAUUAGAAGGUGCAGAGCAGGAAUCCUAGGAAACUUUGAAAUGGAUCAAAACUUUGAGUACACCAAAGAUGAUGAUUGGUUGAGUGAGAAGCAAAGAGAAUCAAACACUGGAAGAAAUGGUUACAAGUCUAAUGCACCUCUACUAGUACAUGUACCUGGCCAGUCUCGUCAAGUGGAUGUUGAACAGGAAAAAAUUAAUGAAGAAUUCUAUAAUUCUUAUGUUCCUGGCCAUGUCUAUUGUUACAAUAGUAUUUUAGAGUCGCCAGAAGUGGGCUCAAGCUUUAACUUAAAACAUGAAAGUAUGCAUGAUAGUCUGCAUGUUUCUAAUAAGGUCACGACUUGGAAUAAUUCACCUGAUUCGAUAGAUGGAGACUACAUUGAUGUAAUGGUCAAUGAUAUUAUAUGUUAUUAUGCUAACACAACUCAACAGCCAGAAAAUGAUCCAGAGAACAGUAAAAAGAGUAAAGGAAUUGAAGCUACAGUAUGUAAAACAACAAAUUCACAUGAAGCUGCAGUCUUUCUGGAAUGCACAGAGGGAUUAGAAGUAAAAAAAGAUAAACCAAAAAAAAGACACAGGCAGGGUAGAAGAAGAAGAAACAAACGACGAAUACAGAGAUCAUUGAGAGGUAUCAUUAAUUGGCAGACCAGUCUGAGGAGGAACCCCACGGUACUGUAUGAUGUACGACCGGGUAUCAGUGACGGUAGAACCACCUUCCAUGAGAUAGCUCACAGUAGCAGCAAUGAAAAUUGUGAAGACAGCAGGGGGAUAGUGAAUGGUUCUGUAGCAGAAGCCCAGCCACAAAUUGCUGGACAGAGAAAACCAUGUAAUGAAGGAGAUCACCUCCAUGCUAAUGGUGUUCAAGAGACUGUGAAGAUUCCCCUAAAACACCAGAAUGGGAUAGUAGAUUAUAAAUCUACACAGAUAGUAGAUAACAAAUCUACACAGAUAGUAGAUAACAAAUCUACACAGAUAGUAGAUAACGAAUCUACACCAGCGACAGAGGAGGAGGACAGAGAGAACGGCGCCUCAUAUUCCUCGCCCCUUCAAUCAGCCUCUGCAUCAAAUGGCUUCUCCUUGAUGACAACAGAGACUCUCAGUAGUUUUUUCGACAGCGUGUCUCUGCUUUCUGUUGGGGAAGACGAAGCUUUUAGUUAUGAGUGGAUCCGCUUGAGGACUUUCUCUGACUGGCCCCUGACCUCCAUCUUCUCUACCACUCUUGCCCGGAACGGUUGGGUUUCUCUUGGGGAGGACGAUAAAGCUCGCUGUUACAGCUGUCAUGUUGUCCACAAGGGAUGGAGGAUUAGUGAUGACCCAAACCAAUACCACAGCCCUAACUGUCGAUUUAAGAGUGGUCAAUCAAACAACAUACCCAUUUCCCGUGGGACCUCCAAUCAGACCCCUAAUCUGGGGCAGAUUUCACGGGAUCAACAGCAAUUUCCUUCCCAUGGGAAUCUGUUAUAUCCAGAGAUUUUAUCAGGAGUGGCCUCCUCUGUUGGCCCCCCUGACCCGGUACAGGGAUUAAGUGACCAAGGAUUGAACAGGCCCCAACAGGAUUCCUUCCUACCCCAGGAAUCAAACCUUCAACAGCAGGAAACAACCUUUCGACCCCAGGAGAAGUACCGUUCACCACUAGGGACCUUUACUCGACCCCAGGAGAGCAACCUUCUACCCCAGGGGAACUUUUCUCGACCCCAGGAGACGAGAGAUACUAAUACAGCCCCAUUGACUGAAAACCAGAAUGUCAUACCUAGUCAACAGCUUUCAGCAGGACUACCUACAAGUGAAGCAGUUGCUGCCCCCACUCCCAGAAACACUGACUCAUCCAGACACACUGGCACCCCAAGAAACACUGGCACCCCCACCCCACAGGUUCCUACAGACAAUCUCCACUCCACUGCGGCAGCUGAGGCUCCCUCACCCCACAGUAAAGAGGCCCAGCUAGAGGCCCUCAAGAGGGACCCGAUGGGAAUUAACUUUGACCGCCCUAAGUACCCGUCGUACGCCAUCCUAGCAGUAAGAAUCAGUUCCUACACUGACUGGCCCGCUGCUAUGACACAGACUCCACGCGACAUGGCCCUGGCGGGAUUCUUCUACGCUGGAUAUGGAGAUUAUACCAGGUGUUUCUUCUGUGGAGGAGGACUGAGGAACUGGGAGGCUGGGGACGACCCCUGGGUUGAACAUGCCAGAUGGUUCAAAAAAUGUGCUUUCGUUCGACAAAAUCGUGGGCAGGAGUUUAUAGACCUGGUGCAGAAACGUGCAGCGGAAUUGGAUGAACAGGGAAAUCAGGAAGAAGUGGGAAACCAACAGACAAACACAGCUAUAAGUGACCCAAAUUCCGCCCAGGCAAAGGAAGAGAAGGUGAUGAAGUCGCCGGCGGUAACCACCAUCAAAGAGAUGGGCUACAGCGAGGACAAGAUUAAAGCCGCCAUCCACACCAUCAAAAGCCGGCUACCCCGAGGAAAGCACAAGGUAUCAGCCCAAGAAAUUCUAGAGGUCAUUUUCGAAUUGAACCAAUCAGAAUCAGGAACUCCUGUUGGCCAAUCUGAAAGAGUCUCUGAGAACCCUACCAACAGUACCAACCAAUCAGAUUCCACGGCUGAGAACACAGCUCAUCACAUGGGCCAAUCAGACCCUGCUCCAGAGGGAAAUCAAAAUUCCACAAAUGAGGCUGCCUCUGCAAUGGAGGCUUCUAAUGCUGAUCAAGCAUCCCUUGAUGAACAUGAAAAUAGAAACUCUCUCCCAAAUCCAUAUUUUGAUGAAUUGACUUCCCUGAAACAAGAGAACACGAGCCUGAAGGAUCAGAUUCUGUGUAAGAUCUGCAUGGAGAAGAACGUGUCCAUCGCCUUCCUGCCCUGUGGACAUCUCGCCUGCUGUGAGGACUGCGCCCCCGCCAUGAGGAAAUGUCCGAUCUGUAGGGAGUUUGUCAGGGGCACUGUCAAAACCUUCCUCGUGUAAAAUGGCCGUCUGAUGGGGACAUUACAAAACUGGUUUUCUUUUCUUUGAAAAAUUCAUACAUUGAACAGUAUUCAAAAUUUGGGAAGGGAGGGGGCACUUUCUUUUAAGAUAAAAGUCUUUUAAAACUUGUAACUGCAACUUCAAUCAAUUUAGGAUCAGAAGCAAAAAAUUUGCAUCUGAAACACAAAAAAAUGGAAUAGUUUAAGGAGAUUUCUUGUUUAAGUUAGAGAGAGUGGUUGGUCUCCAUUGGCUAGUACUAAGUUACUAUCAGAUUGAGUUUAUUUUUAUUAUUAAGUAAUUCCCCUUCAAGCGCUAUACAUCUGUUUAUUGUCAGAAUUUUGAAAAAAUUCACAAGCAAAACAAAAGAUUCUAAUUUUCAUCACUUAUGGCACCAUGAAAGAAAGGGGAAAUAUAAUCAGGCCUUUAAUAUUGUCCUGUUAUCCAGAUUGCUACAUUUAAACAUUUCCUGUUCACCUGCCACUUGCCCUCAGACACUACCUGAUGUAUCACCGCAUUGUAUCAGCAGGCUAGUUUGUCCCUCAGUGAAGUUUCCAACUAAGAGAUGAGCACACAUUGUCUUCUCAUAUUCAAGAGAUAGGUUAUUUUGGAUUUGGGAGCAUCAUUACGACCGAUGCAUGUAUUACAGAAUUAUAUAUCAAUAUAUAUAUAAUAUAUGUUAUGCAAGAUCAUUUUCGAUGUACAUCAUUUCCAAAUGUUAAAGAGCUUUUUUCUUUAGAAUAUUCGUAGGACUCGAUGUAUAAAGCUUCAUCACGGAUACAUAUUUUAUGCUAUCAUAAUACACAAGUUUGAAGAUGAAUCAGUUCUAUACUGUGUGGGGGGAAAAUAGCUGAAUGCAAACAAAAAGAUGUUAAUAAAGACCCCAAUGAAUAUUUAACAUGUCAAAUUAAUCUACCAACUUUUUCUCCAUAUUAUAACAUGUUUACACCACUGGAUGUACAGAAAUGUAAGACAGAGUUAAAAUAUGCAGAAAACUGGGAGAAUCGUCAGUGCUUUUUUUUGACAUGUAGAUUUAAUCAAAUGAUUUUACUCCCGUAGUAAUACAAAGUGUGAACAUCUGAGUGUAGGGUAGUGUCAGUAGAUCGACCAAUCAGAGAAAUGGAUUCGUUUACAAGUGAAUCAAUGUGGGAUUUUUGCACGAGGAAGGGUCUCUGACUUGUGUUACUGUUUUGAGCAAGGACAGAUUGAUGUGCCUGAUAGGGGAUGAGUGAGACUUCUCUGUACAGAAUAAUAAUAGGAGAUCAAAGGAGGGUGUAAAGUUAACAUCAAUGAUACAAGAACCCAUGUAAAUGAGUAAAUUUUAAGACCAUAAGGGGAAAUAUAAUUAUACUGAAGAAUGUUAAUCUAGAUAUUUGUAAAAGGAAUUAGGAACUCGUAAAAUUUAACAUGACAUCAAACAAGAACAUUGCAUUUCAAAAAAUAAAUAUUUAGACUUUAAAAAAAUUGUAUCAAACCAGGAAUUAGUGCAUAUAUUUUUUUCUAUUUAUUUCUCUUUCUGGUCAAUAUUGAUGGAAUGUAAAGAAACGGCAGAUUUAUUUAUUUUUUGCCUCACUGACAGCUUGAACAUUUGAUUCGCUGAGAAUUUCACUAUAUGUAUGUGUUUGUGAUCUGUCCUUUGUUGAUUAGUUUUAAUUUUGAUGUGCAAUAGACUUGAGUUAUGCUACCUAUGUUUUUACUAUGCCAUUUGUAAAGAAUAAUUCUGGACUAGUAACAUGUAUGCUAAUCUUUUAAGGUUAGAAUUGCUUUGGUAAUUUUUGUGUUUGUUUUAUUAUGAUUUUCCUGUUGAAAUCAAUGUAUAGGUUUGCUUAUAACUGGCUCUAAUACUAUUACAUGUGCAUAUUAAUUGUAUCUUGUGACAUAAAAAUCCAAUGAGAAAAAGGUUUCAAAUUAAAACUGUCUCUUCGUUCUUGCACAUAAAGCAGUCAGAGCCAUCUUUUUCUGUGUGUUGAAUUAUUCUUUUAUUUAUUAUCAAUGUCAAAAUGAUUUUUGUAUUUGUCUAUAUAUAUAUGUCAAUGUUUUUCAAGUGUUCAUAGUUACAGACUGAGGUUGAUUAUAAAAGUCAAUACUGAUACCUUUUACUUAUUAUAAGUGUCUAUUACCGAUUGUUAUAACUUAUGUUACAAUGUGUUAUGUACUAAUAGAAGAACUUGAAUGGUACUGAAUCUGAUUUUGAACAUAUGAUAGUUAAAAGAUUCUGUUUUCUUCGUUUGUAUUUACAUAGAUGUAUGGGUGGUUUUUUUUCAUUUGACUUUCCGACUUGAUACAUCUACACACAAUGCUAUGUGUUUAUAUUGUCACUAAGUAUUUCGUCGGUCUGAUGGGAUUUGCUCAAGAUGCAAAUCAAUGCAUAGAAGUGACCACAGCUAGAUAUGAUUGUAUUGAAG